UACAAAAUGUCACUCCUCCAAACAGUUGCGUGCCUCCCUGUCACGUGACCUCGUUUCUUUUGCUUGAAAUAGUUUUUGGAUGUUUGAAAACAGCUGCUGCAGUUCAGACGCGCCCUCCUGACCCUGAGCGCUGAUCUUCUCGCUCACUGAUGUGCGAUGGAGAAUUUGAAGCAGUUCCUGUUCGCUCUCUCCGCUGCCGGAGGUGUCGGGUUUGUCGCCAUAAUAUUCGUGCUGAGGUGGGUUCUCCACUUUAAGGAAGGCUUGGACUGGAACGGAGGACUGGCAGAAUUCAACUGGCAUCCGGUGCUGGUCGUCACAGGCUUCAUUUUCCUGCAGGGCACAGCCAUAAUUGUCUACAGGCUUCCCUGGACCUGGCAAUGCAGUAAACUCAUGAUGAAGUUCAUCCAUGCAGGCUUGAACUUGACAGCCUUCAUUUUCGCUGUUAUUGCCAUGGUGGCUGUUUUUGACUUUCACAACUCUUCCAAGAUCCCCAACAUGUACAGUCUGCACAGCUGGCUGGGCCUGAUGGCAGUUAUACUGUAUGGUCUGCAGCUUGUUCUCGGAGUCGGCCUGUACCUGAUACCAGUUACACCUGUGGCCUGGAGAGCAGCUUGUAUGCCCAUCCAUGUCUACAGCGGUCUUUUUCUUUUCACCAGUAUCAUAGCAGUUGCUCUCAUGGGAAUUACAGAAAAACUUAUCUUUGGCCUGGCCAACCCGAAGUAUAAAGACUCUCCCCCAGAGGCAAUCUUUGUGAAUGUGUUGGGACUCCUCCUGGUUGUUUUCGGGGCUCUUAUCCUCUGGAUUGCCACUCGAGCGUCUUGGAAACGCCCCAGUGACCAGAUUGCGCAUUCUCUGCAUACCAACAGGGGAAGUGAGGACAACAGCAAAGGUGGUCCGGCAAUGUCUGAACUGGAAGAUGGAGCCAAUUGUGAGACCGAUGGAGAUGUCAGGAAGAGGAAUAGUAAAUAAAUCAGAGAGCUAGGCUGACAGUUUGUAUCAUAGGAAUAAAAAUUGCUGUGCAAAUAUCUUCAAAUAAUCUCUAGCUUCCCAGGAAAUAUCUGUUGAAACAUGCAAACAUUAAAAAGUGAAAAAUACACAUAAUGUUUGCAAUAAUUUUCAGUGUCCAUCUCUCUGUUUUACAUUGUCUUCUUCAAGCUUUCUUAUUAUUUAAUUAAUCAGUCUUUAGGAACCUUUCUCCAAUGUUCAUGAAGGACAAUCCAAAUGUCCCCUUUUAGAUGAUGGCUGCCCUUUGUUUAGUUUAUCUGUCAAGAUAAUUUAAUGUUGAUUUAAUCAUUUUGAGGUUGAAUCACUACAGAGACCAAACCAUGAAUCUUUGUUUUUUCUUUCUGUGUUCUAAGUUUUUACUGCUUUGGAAAUUGGUCUAAAGUAGUUAGAAGUAUUAUUUUUGACAGACCAUAAUCUGAAAAAUCCCUUCCUGCAUUUACAUACAGUAUAUAUACAAUUUGACACCGCACCUGACAUCAGUUUCGUCACCAAAUCAUUCCAGAGCCACCAGCAUGCUUUAUGAACAUCAAGCUCAGCAUUGUACUCAGUUCUCAAAUUCUGACCCCCCAGAUUGUUUGCAAAUGAAGAUUUUUUUUUUGUUGCAUGUAAUUUGGUAUUUUUACCUUUUAGUUUUUCAACUUUCAAACUGCAAAAUAAUUGUCAAAUAUCCUUUGAAAAAUUGUGCAUGGUUACAAUAAACAAAUUAAAGCUGCUUUUUGCAUGUAGUGAAAUGACAAAAAAAAAAUCUGUUUAGUUGAAAGCCAAGACCAAUUAGAUAAGGGAUGUUUGAAGAUAUUUGCACUGUAUUAUUUGGCCCUGAUAUGUCUCUGCACAAGAUGCAAGUCCCUGUAUAUGUUUGCAACACCACAAAAGGGGACCACCUGGUGUCCCCAAGCAGUGACACAAACUGACAUUAUGAAGAUGGUUGUAUUGUUAAACCAGCAUACACUGUUUAGAAAAUACAAAAAAACUUAAAAUACUACUAAACUUUGAAUUGUAACUUUUUUGCACACCAAAAUAUUAUUUUAGUUUAUAUUUCACCAACAUUUAUUGCUACAUGUGCAUGUAAAUAUCAAUAAUCUGUGUGGGAACAGGAUGUAGACGCUCACAUUGGAAUAGAUAUGCACUGUAGAACAUAAUCCCACAGUUAAUUUUUUAUCCUAAUAUAGAUGAUUUUUUAAAAUUACUUUUACUGAGUUUUUAAUAAAUUUUGUACUGUUUAUUGCUUUA